AUGGCCAAGUUCAGGCUAAGUUCCCUUUUUAGUGGGAGCUCCUCCUCCAACGGGAGUGCCGAUGUCAAGAAGCAGAACCGUCGCUCUUUCUCUGGCUUGUCGGCGAGGUCGCCUCGGAAACCAAGGCAGGAGGAUUCCCAGAGCGACGGGACGACCCUAGCCGCCCUUCCUGCUGAUGCGGCUGAGGAAUCUCCGUCUAGAAUGGUCGCGUUAGCCCAGACGAUCACGAGGGAGACGGAGAAGUUCGAGGCCUACUUCAAGGCUAACGGGCUUCCGCUACCUAGCUUCGAUGCUCAGGCCCCAGCUGACCUCCCCCGGCUUCCCAAGGAAAUCCAGAAGAGCAGGCAGGACAUCAUCUUCGCCACCAAGCAGUUGAGAGACCUCGCAGUUGGCCCACGAGAGUCUGUUCGAUGGGGCACCUGGGGACAUCUCGAUGUCUUGGCCUUGCAAAUUUUGAACCACUUUGGCAUUCCCAAGCUGGUCCCUGUUGAUGGUACCAUCACGCUCUCCGAGCUCCAGACCAAGACUCCGCUUGACCCCGUAAAUCUCGCCCGGAUCAUGCGGGUUGGCAUUACAAAUAACAUUUUCGCCGAGCCCUCGCCCGGCGUGAUCGCGCACACGGCCGCGUCCCGGGUCAUGGCCGAGGACGAGGACCUGCAGGCGUGGGUCGGCUUCAACACGGAGGACAUCUUCCCGGCGUCGGCGCACGUCCUCCAGGCCCUCCAGCGGUAUCCCGAGGCGAUCCACCUCACCCAGACGGGGUUCAACUUCGCCUUCGACACGGUUGACAAGGAGCCCAUGUUCGUCACCUUCGGCAAGGACCCCGCCCGCGCGAAGCGCAUGGGCCGCGCCAUGGCAAGCCUGACGGGCGGCGAGGGCUACGAGUUGUCCUACCUGGUGGACGUUGAGAACGGCGGCUACGACUUUGGUGCCGUCGAUGCCGCCGAGGGGACGUUUGUCGAUAUCGGCGGCAGCCACGGGUUCGUCUGCGUCGACCUCGCAAAGCGGUACAAGAACAUGAAGUUCGUCGUGCAGGAUCUCCAGAAGACGGUGGAUUCCGCCCCGAAGCCCAUCUCGGAGGACGCCCAGAUGGCCGAGAGGAUCACCCUUCAGGCGCAUGACUUCUUCACCGAGCAGCCGGUGAAGGGUGCGGAUGUCUACUUCUUCCGCUGGAUCAUACACAACUACUCCAACCCCUACGCCGUCAAGAUCCUCCGCGCUCUGAUCCCGGCCCUCAAGCCCGGCGCCCGCGUCCUCAUCAACGACAACUGCCUGUCCGAGGCCGGCAGCGAGAACCCCUGGGACGAGGCGCGCAUGCACCGCAUGGACCUGGUCAUGCUGGCCCUGCUGAACGCCCAGGAGCGCACCGAGGCCGAAUUCAGGGAGCUGUUCCGGACCGUCGACGAGGGCUUCGUCUUCAAGGGCGCCACUCGGCCACCGGGCUCCAGAAUGAGCAUCGUCGAGGCUGUGUGGAGGCCGGAUCUGGUGGAGGGGGCUGCUGAGGAGCCUGCGGCUGCGGCUGCGGCUGCGGCUGCGACGGUGACAACAGCGGACGAGCAGGCUGUUGGAGCUCCUUCUGAGGACAAGGCCGAGGAGUUGGAGCCGGCGGGGGAGCCGAAGUCGGAGCCAGAGACCGCGAAGGUGUAA